AGAAGUGAACUUGAAUGGAAGCAUCAACAGGACCACAACCAUAAACACAGCCACCACAGUCUUGAUGCUGGGCUCGAUAAACACAUACCCAGCAUGAUACUCCUACCUACCAUUGCGAGCUGCUUGACAGCAUUCGCAUCUCUCACGGCCGCGCAAUCGAACUUCUCAGAACCCAAGCUCUCGAAACAGAUACUCCCAGCAGAAUUUAAGCCCCCGCAGGUGUUCCGGAAUACCAAUCUCGUGAAGAACAUUGACUUGAGCAAGGAGUAUGCGAGAGAGACUGUCAAUCUCAUCAUUGAGAAUAUCGACUCCAGACCACAGUCGGAAUACUAUCUUCCCUUCGAAUCAGCGCUCAUUGCUCGCAUCGGCGGCUUCGAAGUUAGAGACAAGAAGGACGCAUCGAAAGAUGCCUUUAGAGUCGAGGUUGUCGAAUAUGACACAGAAAGUUCCACCGAGUUUUAUCGAAUCCACCUCCCCUCGCCUCUAAAGCCAAAGGAAACCCUAACACUUAGCAUCUCAUACACCGUCCUCUCCGCCCUCGAGCCUCUUCCCGCAGAAAUCGAGCAAGUUGCAAAGCAAUACGUCCAAUACACCUUCUCCGCCUACACGCCGUCCGCCUACCUGACCCAAAAGCAAAAGACCAAGCUCAAAUUCCCAACCUCCGACGUCCCAGACUACUCCAAGCUCCCCAAAGCCACCAACGCCGAUGGCAAAGAAGAUCCGCAGAAGCAAGGCAAAGAAUUCACAUAUGGUCCGUAUGCCGACAUUCCCGCCGGCGCCUCCGCGCCCGUCGCCGUGCGCUACGAGUUCACGAAGCCCCUCAUCCACGCCUCGCUCCUAGAGCGUGACAUCGAGAUCUCGCACUGGGGCGGCAAUAUCGCGUUCGAAGAGCGCUACUGGCUCACGAACCGCGGCGCCAAGCUCAAGGACCACUUCUCGCGCGUCUCCUGGGCCAUGACCCAGUUCCAGAAACCCGCGACGUUUGCGCUCAAGGAGCUCAAAUUCCCCCUCGCCGUCGGCUCAGUCAAUCCGUACUUCACAGACGACAUCGGCAAUGUCAGCACAAGCCGCUUCCGCAGUAACGCCCGCGAGGCAAAUCUCGAGCUGAAGCCGCGCUACCCGCUGUUCGGCGGCUGGAACUACAAGUUCCGCGUCGGCUGGGACGCCGAUCUGAAAGGCUACCUGCGGAAACUCAAAACGGGCGAUGGCUAUAUCCUCAAGGUGCCCUUCCUCGAGGGCCCAAAGGCAUCCGAAGGCAUCGAGUACAAGCGCGUCGAGCUCCGCGUCGUCCUGCCCGAAGGCGCACAAAACAUCAAAUUCGACACCUCCAUCCCGCUCAUCGCAAGCGACACCACCCUCCACCACACCUUCAUGGACACGCUCGGCCGGCCCACCGUCUCGCUGACGGCCAUCAAUCUCGUCGACGAUCUGCGCGAGCGCGACCUCAUCAUCACGUACGACUAUGCCUUCCUGGCCGGGUUCAGGAAGCCGAUUGUCAUUUUCAGUGCGCUUGUCGCUGUGUUUACGGUGGCGUGGGUGGUGGGGAGUAUUGAUGUCAGUAUUGCGGCGAAGAACAAGAACAAGAAGAUCACGAAGAGGUGAACAGAGAGGGUGGAUAAGAAGGGUCAGAUGGCUGAUUCUAUCUUCGAUGUAGUAGUAUUUAGAGGGUAGAGGGAGGGACGGAGGGACGAAAGGAAACACGUAGUAUGAUUUGCAGGUUCAUGAAAAGUAUAGAUUCUAUCACAGAGAAUUGUAUACAAUACCAUUACGGAUUAUCUUAUACACACCGCAGCAAUACACCAUCAAAAUUUACAGACGCGGAAUACAACCCACAAAGG